AUGACGAAAUUGACUCCGACAGCAAUGAUGGAAUACCCAGGAGAACAGAAGCCAGACUAUAGAUCCCCAACUCAGUUUGGGGGCUCGAUGGAUGAGGGUGACAGCAACGAUUCGGCUCUCUCGUUACUGGAUGAGAAAAGAGAGAAGCAUUUAAUUCGCAAGAUCGACCUACAUAUCAUACCCUUUGUUGUUCUUCUUUACCUGUUUAGCUUUCUUGACAGAGGUGGCCGUGUCUAUUUUAUUUGUGACUUACUGUGUAUGUCUGGAUUCGCAUACAAGCAUGGUUUCGACGCAACGUCUAAUGCUAAGCUUAGGCCGUCACGCUACAUUGCGACGAUAUCAGUUCUGUGGGGUAUCAUAGCGACCCUCACAGGUAUAACCCAGAAUUACGGAGGCUUGAUUGCCUGUCGCAUCCUUUUGGGUUACAAGCGUGAAAUAGCACUGCGCACAGGAUAUCUAUUUAGCAGUGCAGCCGCUGCUGGCGCAUUUGGCGGGCUUUUAGCCUACGGUAUCGGCUUUAUGGACGGUGUCGCCGGUUUACGAGACGACCUUGAUACAGCCUAUUAUCUCGACGAUGAGGAGAAGGCCCUAGUAGUUCGUCUCCGUCGUCGCGAUGUGGGCCAAACAUCAUCCGCCCAGAAGUUCCAUUGGGCAGACGUCAAAGAAGGUGCGCUGGACUGGAGAAUUUAUGCCUUCUGCAUUGCUCAAUUUGGUGUCGAUACUAUGCUUUACGGGUAUAGUACCUUCCUCCCCACGAUUAUCCAGGGGAUGGGGUCCUGGUCAACACCCGAGGUGCAAGCUCUUACGAUUCCUUGCUAUGCGCGUACAUUCGCUACAGGUCUGCAACUCACUUUCGGCAACGUCAGUGGCGUCAUGUCUCCUUUCUUAUACAAAACGAAUGAAGCGCCGCGUUAUGUUCGGGGAAAUGCGGUGACUCUAUCGCUGGUUGGAUUUGCAGGUAUUGUGUAUGGUCUUAUGUGGUGGUAUUAUUAUGGGAAGAAUAAGCGCAGGGAGCAGGGACUCGAAGAUGAGAAGAUUGUCGGGAUAAUGCUGGCCCAUGCACGGGUUGAUAACAGCUUCUGGAAUUAUUCGAUAUUGCUUCAAGAGGAAGGACUGUCGCAUGAAGCGCUACUUUCUUGUAGACACAUCAAAUAUUAUACCAAAGGCGAUCCACUUUAUUUUCCGAGAUGGAGUACCACUUCGUUCCUCCGGAGGAGCGCGCCAGAGACGACAAGGGUAACCUCCUACCCUGGGGCUACGUUUACAAAGAAGUCCGGCCCUUUUGGCAAGCGCAGAAACGCCCGCUACGAACACACCCGAUCUCGCACACGCACUGGCACGCCGGCAGCAAAGCGCGAAAACCCCAAUGUAGCAGAAUUCGGGCGUCUAUUCGCCCAACAACAAGAAGAGGAGAAAGCGCGCAGCAACACCCUGCCCAAGUCGUCCUCCGCUUCCAACCUUGACAACGCCCGGAAGCAACAGACAGAAAAAGUCGCAACAGAGUGCAUACUAUACGGAUACAAGAGCAAGGAUUUCGAAUGGAAAGUGAUAGACAAGUACGAGCGGAUCUCUCGCGGUUUCAUCUGUGAGGACUAUCCACGGACAGACCCCAAUGCUUCGAACGGGUAUUCGCAGCUUUUGAGCGGCGGUGAUGUGGUCAUCCGGGCGAACUUGUCAGCGGACGCGAAUCGCAAAUCGAAGCGCUAUGCGGGCGGAUUUCACUGGAUUAAAGUCACGUUUGAUUCGACGACAGCGGCCGAUCGCGCGUGCUUUUACUCUCCGCAGGAAAUCGAUGGCCAUUUGGUCUUUUGUGAGCUGUAUCAUGGCCAGGGACCUGCGGAGGACGCCCCUAUCGUGCAAGGAUCUGCGGAGGCGACUCGUCUCCAGUCGAAGGCGGCGCCUCGCACUCUGACUUCGUCGCAUUCGACGAGUUUCCUCCAACCGAAGGACACAGCCACCAAGGAACGUCAUACGCUGCCGAGAUCUUUCGCCUCGAAUAACCUGUCCAGUAUCCUCGACGCCCAUGAGGAGGAAUCCCAGGAAUCAUCAUCAACCCCCACCGCUAGCUCCGCAACAGCCACCGCCAUCGAGCAACCAGCACCUCUGCAACAGCGGACAGUCGUCAAGGAGCCCAAGCCUGAAUCAGACUUCAUGACGCAUAUCCCGACGGUGCGUCGGACGAAACUCCGCCCCAUUACAGAAGCCCUCCCACCUCAGCCUACGGUCACGGAGCGGGUGCUGCGCUCAAUCCCCAUUCUCAGCUGGUUCACGGGCGAUAUUGUGGGCGAUGGACCUCAACUCCGCGAAGACGGGGCAUUCGAUUUCGACAAGUCGAAUACUUACUGGAAAUUCUGGUACAUGGUUGAUAGAAUUCUGGGGACGGAUAUCUGCGGACUGAAGGAAGAAUCAUGACAAGAGUCAUAACGUCUAUUUCUUCAACACCUAUUUGCUGUCUCAAGGACCCUCGAGAGAAAGAGAGGGAGACGAGGACAAAAGGAGACUACACGUGCCGAUUGAACAGGCCCUGAUUUCUCCUAGCAGAUACCCUGAUGCAUGUACGAUAGUGCUUUGCUUCUUUUCCGUGUUGUCAACGAUGCCUGAUUGUUGACAGUUUCUUACGAGAGUGCGUGGUUUGUGGCGCUGCAUUGCAGCCUGUCUUUUAUUCUUUCGAACUUUUGCAUAUUAAGUGUCUGGCGCUGGGUAUAAGGUCAUUCAUUUCAUUGUUGGGCUGCAUAAAGACGCGAUGGAGAAAAUAAUCAUAGCAUGUUCACUGUGGGGUUAUCAUGUUUCCUUGUGAAGUCAU